UCCGGCUACGUACGCGCAUGGGCUACGCGUACGGCCCCGGAAGGUGCGUUCGUUGCCGGCCCGCGCGGCGCGCCGGGAGCCUGGAAGCCUUUCGGGCCGGGACGUGCGGCGGCGCGCUGGGUUCAUCCGGAAUUGUAUGUUGACAAAUCAAGGGGAGCUGAACUGAAGGGCGUGGGCAGGCCAGAGAGACUGGAAGCCUCGGCUGUUCUGUGCGGAGAAGCUGUCAGCCUUCUAAGAGAGCAUGUAGCCAGCAAGCGCAUUGUGGUGCUUCGGUACCAAGCUGAUACCACAGGCCUCCAUCUUUUUUGUGAAGAGGGAUCACAAGGAAAUGUGCUGCUGUUGAAGGGGGAAAGGUGGCGGGGGAAGAGAUUUGAGUGUCAAUGCCAUGGAUGUAACAGGAGAGCAGCAGCAGUACAUAGAACACAAGCUCUUUAAACAACACUUGGAUAAAGCUGCCAAUCGUGUGACUCCAGAAGCAGAGAGACACAGUGCUGCAAUACUUGUGACUAUGAGAAGCAUACAGGUGACGAGGCUGGGCCUUCAAGAACCCGGAUAGCAUAGAGCAGUGCAAGAGGGAAGGAUUUAGCCAGAAAAUGCAAGAGCAGAAGAAUGAGAGCUGCUGAGUGUACGGUUUCCUGGAGGUCAACAAGGUAGCUGGAAAUGUCCACUUUGCACCAGGAAAAAGUUUGCAACAGUCUCAUGUACAUGGAGUAUUUUAUUGAUCAGCUGAGGUCAGAUGGAGUUGUUCAUCUUCCUCGGCGUGUUACCAAUGAAAUUACAAAUAAUACUCGAUAUGAAUUUUACACACAAGGAGGAGUCAUCUUUGCAACAAGUCGAAUCCUUGUGGUAGAUUUCCUUACUGACAGAAUUCCUGCAAACCUCAUUACUGGCAUUUUGGUAUACAAAGCGCACAGAAUCAUUGAAUCCUGUCAGGAGGCAUUUAUCUUACGACUUUAUCGCCAGAAGAACAAGCAAGGUUUCAUUAAAGCUUUUACAGAUAAUGCGGUUGCAUUUAACACUGGCUUUUGCCAUGUGGAAAGAGUGAUGAGAAAUCUUUUUGUCAGGAAACUUUAUCUGUGGCCAAGAUUUCAUAUAGCAGUGAACUCAUUUUUAGAGAAGCAUAAACCUGAAGUGGUGGAAAUACAUGUGUCAAUGACGCCUGCUAUGCUUGCUAUUCAGACUUCAAUCCUGGACAUUUUGAAUGCAUGUCUGAGAGAACUGAAACGUUACAAUCCAGCUCUUGAAGUAGAAGAUCUAUCUUUAGAAAAUGCUAUUGGUAAACCUUUUGACAAGAUGAUACGUCACUAUCUAGAUCCUCUGUGGCAUCAACUUGGAGCUAAGACAAAAUCUUUGGUCCAGGAUUUGAAGAUACUACGUACUUUGCUACUGUAUCUAACUCAGUAUGAUUGUGUCACUUUCCUUCAUCUUCUAGAGUCACUGAAAGCAAGUGAAAAAGCUUUUGGUGAGAAUUCAGGUUGGCUGUUUCUUGACUCCAGUACUUCCAUGUUUGUAAAUGCUCGAGCUAGAGUUUAUCGCAUUGCAGAUGAGAAACUGAAUCAGAAAGGCAAAGCCUCUGAAAAAAGUGAUGGAAAGAAGGAAAAUGAGCUGAAGAGGGAAUUGGUCCUAGAAAGUAAUCCCAAAUGGGAAGCUUUGAGAGAAGUCCUAAAAGAGAUUGAAAAUGAGAAUAAGAACAGUGAAGACCUUGGUGGUCCAGGGCAAGUGCUUAUUUGUGCCAGUGAUGACCGAGCUUGUGCACAGCUCAGGGAGUAUAUUAUUGCUGGAGCAGAAGCUUUUUUAACAAGACUGUAUAACAAAACCUUUGGAAAGGAUGAGAAAGCUGGAGAAGUGUGUAUUAAGGACAGAAAAGCUCUCAAGUCCAAAGGAAAUGCCAGACCAGACACGGGACCUCAAGCCAAAAAAGUCAAACUCACGGCUUCUUCAAAACAAAAUAAACUCAAGAAACAGCAAGACCGGACUAUAAUCCAAAUGAUAGGGAAGACUGAGGAGGAAAAGACAGAAGACUUAGGGGUGGAAGAUAACAAAGAAUUAAGCAGUAGCCAAGAAAGCAGUGUUGAAGAGACCAUUCCUGAAGAUUUCCAUGUGAACUUAACCUCAGACUGUUACUACGGUGUUUUCAAGAACCCACUCACAAUUAUUCAUCCAUUGCAGGGUUGUAGUGAUCCCCAUGCACUCACUCGAGUACUGCAUGAAGUGGAACCCAGAUAUGUUGUGUUGUAUGAUGCAGAACUAACCUUUGUUCGGCAGCUGGAAAUCUACAAGGCAAGCAGGCCUGGGAAGCCUUUGAGAGUAUAUUUCCUCAUAUAUGGGGGCUCAACAGAAGAACAGCGCUAUCUCACAGCUCUGAGGAAAGAAAAGGAGGCCUUCGAAAAACUUAUCCGAGAGAAGGCCAGCAUGGUUAUUCCUGAAGAAAGAGAAGGAAGAGAUGAAACGAACUUAGACCUAGUAAGAGAUGCUAAAUCUGCCUCUGUUUCAACUGACACACGCAAAGCAGGUGGACAGGAACAGAGGAGUGUUCAGCAAACUGUAAUAGUGGAUAUGCGAGAAUUUCGUAGCGAGCUUCCGUCACUGAUUCAUCGUCGUGGUAUUGACAUUGAACCUGUUACUUUGGAAGUUGGAGAUUAUAUUUUAACUCCUGAUACCUGUGUAGAGCGGAAAAGUAUCAGUGAUCUGAUUGGUUCCUUAAAUAAUGGAAGGCUGUACGCACAAUGCGUUUCUAUGUCCCGUUGCUAUAAGCGACCAAUUCUCCUGAUUGAAUUUGAUCCGAACAAACCUUUCUCCUUGAUUCCACGAGGCUCUCUACAUCAGGAAAUUUCCAGUAAUGAUAUUACUUCUAAACUAACCCUUCUUACGCUCCAUUUUCCAAAGUUACGUAUCCUGUGGUGUCCCUCUCCCCAUGCUACGGCUGAGCUGUUUGAAGAGUUAAAACAAAACCAUCCCCAACCAGAUGCAGAAACGGCAAUGGCUGUCACGGCAGAUUCUGAAACUCUUCCCGAGUCAGACAAAUAUAACCCCGGUCCUCAGGACUUUCUAUUAAAAAUGCCAGGUAUUAAUGCAAAAAACUGCCGUGCUUUAAUGAACCAUGUUAAAAGCAUCGCAGAGCUAGUGACACUGUCAAAGGAUGAACUCUCCAGAAUUUUGGGUAAUGUGGCCAAUGCCACACAACUCUUUGACUUUAUCCACCUGACCUACAGAGAGGCAGUAUCUAAAGGAAAAAGCAAAAGAUGAUUAAUGAGAUUUUGACAUAGGGCAUAGAGAAGCUUUUCUUGCACAGUACUUUGGCGAAGUACAUGAAAUAUUUUUAAUAAAUGCCCACUAAGAUAACCAGCUGGUUUUUUCCUAAUCCUGUUCCAUCAGUUUUAACAUUUGAAUUAAUUAUUACUGAAGGCAAGUUUCAUGAGGAAUCAAAAAUGUUUUUAAUGGAGAAAUGCAAAUUAUUUUUAUUCUUUACUGAAUCAAGUUCAUAAGAAUUAAGUGCUAAGACUAACUGGUAAAGGUGUUUUCUUUUGGAAAUUAUGAUGUCUUGUUAAAAAGCUAGAAAUGUACUGUGUGUCACCUGCUUCAUGAUGUAUAUAACUUUGCUGUUUUUAAACGUCUUGCUCUCUAGACACUGCCAAUUUUCAAUUGACAGUGAUGGAGCUAUCUGAAUCGCGUUGCGGUCUUUUGUCAGAAGUUUGUUUAGGAGACUUGGACUCAGUCAUGAAUUUAGAUCAUCACCAUAAGCCUUGACACAGUAAACUACAAUUGUAUGGUAUGGUCUACAUGAUAUUUGCUUACUUUAAGUUAUACUUUGUUUUUUGACAUUCCGGUAUCAGUACAGCUCUGUCUUGCUAGAUUUUGCAAAGUGCAUUCCUCUGAUCUAGACCAGAUAGAGAUUCUGUGGUGGCACAAUACAACAUAAAUCUCAGUGUGCCUUACUUGUACUUUUAAGAGGCUUUUAUUUUUCUAAUCAGUUUUGAUAGCUCUUUCCCCUCACACACUUCAAAGUAGAAAAUCUAGCUAUAUACCAGAGCAUAUUCCCUCUCAUACAGUGCAACAGUUUUCAAAGCAAGGUUUUCCAAAAGCGUUGACAGUGUUUCCGAUACAGUCUUCUGUGUCCUAUUGCACUUGCAUUUUAAUGUCUUAAAUAGCGCAUCUGUCAGUAAAUUCAGUAAAGCUAUUGUCACCUGGGAGAUAAAAUUAUUAGCAUUCUGUGAGCAUAAAACAGGGAAAAGUCAUUCUUCUUUUGAUUGUUUGUGUAUGUGUAUAUUGUUAAAAAUGUGUAUUCUGCACUGAACUUUGAUGUGACAACUAUGUAACAAAAGUGCCAUUGCCAAAAGGGAUGGUCCUGUGUCAUUACGUACUGAUAUGUUUACAUUAGCUAUUUAAAAAGUCUUUUAUCUGUAAUGACUUGCACAUAUGUAUUGAUACAGUUCUAGUGCUAACAACAGAUCAAUAUAAUCUCCAUUGUUAAAGGAGAAAAUGCGGAUUUUUCUGUAUUCAGGUUCAGUAAAAACCGUACUGUGCACUUUCAGAUUUAAUAUUUACUGUGUGUUUUAAGUGUGAAUUAUGAAUUUGUUAACUUAUAGUCUGCAACUGAGCUGUGACAGAUUUCCAAAGUGGACAUUUUUCUGCAGAUGCAAAUUUCAGUAUUAAAUACAUCCAUAAUUUGUUAAUUGUAUUUUUUCUCAUUUGGCUGUAUUGGUAUCAGAACAUUUUUAUUUUUAGUGUGUGGUUUAUAAUCCAGAUCUUAGGGUUCCUGUUGCCCUAUAUUCUAAUUUAUUUCAUUUAAUAUAAAAAGUCUUUCUAUGAGAUUUUUGCUUAUUCAAAGCAGUAAGGUCAGAAAUGGUCAGGGUUGAGAAUGCCUAUGAAGUGGUGGUAAGAGAACAGAAAAUCAGAGUAAGAACAUAACUGUCCUGAAUGCAUGGCCUGUAGAGCCUGAUUCAAAAAAUUGCUGAACAACUUUUGAAGACUUACUGUUUGCGCAUUUGCAUCAUUAAGAUGUUACAUGAACUCUGGAUUUGGGUUUUUUUUCAGAUAUACUGCAUCUCAGCUUUGUCAGUGGUAUUUGGGGGUUUUUUUUGCUUAAUUUGUAUAAGGUGAAAAUGAAGGGUAUAUUAUGAGGUUAUUAAGUUGUAGCUUUGUGUUGUGUGCUAGAUCAAGGUCACAGAAAGCAAUUAAAUUAAAUCUGCUAACUAUUUAGAUUGUCUUUUGUUUAUAUGUGUGGAAUUUCUGCAAGACACUUCUUUUUGCUUCAGGUUUUUUGCAGUGCAAGGUUUGGCUUUUUCUUUGAAACAACCACAAGUAAUAUUGUUGUACCUUAUUAUUGCUUAUUUGUGAUCUGGCAUUUUACUGUUACAAGUUAGUGGUGUGUCUUUCCGAGACAGUAGGUACAAAUUGUGAACAAAAGUGGGAGAGGUCUUGUUUCCUGAAACCACUUAACUGUGAAAUAACCAAGCUAAAGAGUUACGUGGAUGCUACAAAAUGUUUGGGUGAAUGAUGAAAAUCGUUACUAUGCAUUCCCUGGCCUUGUGGUAUUCAUCAACAGUACUGAAAUUCUGUGUAUCUUGUUAUUGCUUGAUAUUUUAAGUUUGUGCUUUAUUACAAACGAAAAAACAAGAUCAUGCCUGCA